AUGUGGAGCCUGUAUCUGGUCACACUUCCUCCAUGGGGGAUUGAAGGUAUUGAGACUCGUCAUCUAUAUGCAGCAGUCGGCUCAUCUGUAUUCUUUCCCGGGGAGAAGAUUGAUAAUUUCACAUUUUAUGACUUUAGAAAAGGGUCACUGCUCAUAGUGACAUGUCAUCAUGGGUGCAGUGUACGGGAUCCGUACAACAAGCGUGGUGACUUCUUCCAACAUAAUGGAACAUUUCUACUGAAUGAGCUAAGAGUGGAGGACAGCGGGAUCUUUGAAUACGAAAUGAAUUUCACGAUGAAGAGACAGAUCCAUCUCCAUGUGAUGGCUCCGGUGAUGGAACCGGUCUUGUUGUUGAAGGAAAAUAGAAGCCAUUGUCUGGUCAUCUUCACAUGCCGAGCGGAGGGAGGCGGUCCAUUGAACUUCACAUUUAUGAGGAAUGACAAUGAGAUAGUAGAGAACGCCGUCAGCCUAGACAACUCCAUCUCUCUGUCUAUGGAUGGCAGCGAUCCAAAAACAUCCGGAAGAUUCUCCUGUAUUGUGAGAAAUAUGAUCAGCUCCCAGACAUCUCCAGCUGUAGAACUGCUGCCUCCAGUGACCCUGAAGUUGAGGAUUAUGAGGCUCUUUGUGAUCGGUUUCCUGUGUCACUGGAUCUCCGCCGUGUGCAUCCUAUGUAUGAAAUACAUCUGCAAGAAGUGGAGGAAAGAGAAUCAGGAAGAGGAGGAAAUUAUCGAUGGACCAAAGACUCUACAGAGCCAAGCUGACCAACAUAAAGGUCCCCGAUACCGAGACACAGUGAACAAGGACAGGACUCUCAGCCUUGUCAGCAGAACCUUCAGUAUUGUGGACCGUCUUCUCGGGUUCUUGAAGGAACUUGCUGUGCUGGUCAUCUGUGUGGAUGGAGAGAUUAUCCCGGGGUGGGUCUGCUUCCUGCCGGUAAUCUUUCUGCUCUGUAGAGUGUUCUACUGGAUCUUCUUCUUCAUCAACAAAUCCAGAAAAUUGAAUAUAAGAGCCCCUCAUGUUGUGGAAGUCGCCAUGACCGUCUCCAAUCUGAUUGUGGUUCCUGCGUUCUGCAUGGCAGUCCUGGUGAUCCUCUUCGUACGCUAUCGCUCUGCUUGUGGGACGAUGGACAUAUCGCUGGUUGUUCUAUUCCAUGUCUGUGCUCUGAUCUUCAUCUUCUACUUAUGGAUGAAAUCAAAAGUCAAAGGAAAACUGUACAUCCCAGGGCAACAAGGUCAACCAGAAUCUCAACAGCUAGUAAACAUGCCUAACGGUGAUAAAGGACCAUCAGGAAGCAACGGUGUCAUUCGAAGCCCAGAGGACAACGGUGUCAUUCGAAGCCCAGAGGACAACGGUAACAUUGGAAGCCCAAAGGACAUCAGGAACCCUAAUUGUGAAGGACCUGUUCCUCCUGGCAUCGUAGAGAAUCCAAACCUUGAUCAAGAAGCCCCGGUGCAAAGUGAGGUCUUCGCGGAGGAACACUCAGAAGACCAAAUGAUCCCUGACCCAGAGAAAGGUCAACCUAAAGUGCCCAAAGAGGUCCCAUGUAACAGUCAUGUGACUGACCUGACUAUUGACAUGGAGGUAGAGGUGGACAAGGGACCAGUAGCGAAUGGUUAA